AUGACUGAAAAGGACAAAGAUAUGUCCUUGAGGUGUCACUGGGACGGUGAUUUCAGCACCUGGCCGGACUAUGUGAGAAAGGUCCGCUUGGCAUUUGAAAAGACGAGACGCCGUCGACGAGCACAACUUGGACCCGACCUGGUGUCCCAGCUCUCGGGACGUGCCUGGGUCGUCACGCAGGAGAUUGAUUACAAGGCCCUGACCCAGGCCAAUGGUGCUCGCUACUUGAUAUCCUUCUUGGAGGAACGCCUUGCUCGAGUUCCCAUCCCUGACGCUGGCUCUCAGGCUGAAGCUUUGCUGUUGCGGCUACGCCGCAUGCCAGGUACAUCCAUGGCAACGUGGUGCGCUCAAGUCCGAGAGCAGUACCGGAAGCUGCAACGAGCUUUGAAGCGUGCUCGAGGAGAUCUCCCUGAUUUGAAGGGUGUUGGGACUACAUCCUUGACAUCCUCGAGGGCACGUUCAUCUCCCGAGCCAGCAGCUGAAGAAGGGACUGAAGCUGAGGAAGCUCAGCGAGCUGCUGAAGAUGAGGAAGAAGAUGAAGAGCCGCCUCCCCCGAGAUCUCCUACUCGCCACUCCUCAAAAGGUGGCAAAUCUGGAAAAGGCAAAGAGGACUACCACUCUCCUUCCAGGGGCUCACGUUCUGACCCGUCUGACAGCGAGGAGGACCCCGAGAAUGACCACUUUUGGGACGACCUGGAUGUUGGCCUUCCUGAAGUGCUUCCUAGUGAACUGAUUGGCUGGAUCAUGCUGCGCAAGUCCUCCUUGAACGCAGCACAGCGUUUGAAUGUCCUCUCAAGCAUUGGCAACUCUUUGAAGGCCGACGACAUCGAGAAGGGCUUGAGAGGAGCAGAAGACGAGCUUCGUGUUGUGGAAAAAGAGCGCGAAGGCCGUCCAAAAGGCCAUGGGAAAGGUAAGACCCGUCCGCAGUUCUGGGUUGAGUAUGAGGGCGAAUGGGGCCUCAUGCUCACUGGUGAAUGUGAAGACGAAGACCUCCUGGAGAAUGACAUCCAUUGGCUUGGUGGGAUGUCCUAUGACCAGGUCUUUCAGACUUCAACCUGGGAGAGCUCUUCGACCUCGCGACCUGAGAUUGAGGAGACCUUUGCAGCUGAUGAUGGUACUUGUGGUGGAACUUGGAAGCCGAUGGAAUCGAAGCCCAUUGUGGAAGCCUAUGCGGCCUAUGAAGAGAAGAUCAGGUCUUUUCAAGACAGCCGCCGUGCGACCCAUGCCAAGAAUGCUUCUCGAGGCUUCUUCCCCAAAGGCAAGUUCAAAGGCAAACCAUCUUUUGGAAAGAAAGGUGGAAAAGGAAAAGGGCUUGGUUCGAGACCUUCAUCAUCGACUUCGCCUAUGGCAUCUUCACCGGUGAUGGCCAUCCAAGGUGGCGGAAAGCCGGGAUCCCCUGGCUACCAAGGUUGCUUCAUUUGUGGAGCAAAAGAUCAUGACUACCGCUCGUGUCCUCGUCGGUCACGGAGCGGCAAAGGUGGCAAGGUGUUCAUGGUGAUUGAUGAGCACGAAUCUGUGGAGACCUUUGUUUGCCACCCUCUUUCACAUCCUGAGCGGCCUCUGGAGAUCAUGGUCGCUGAUGAGAUUGGAUCCCCAGAGGUGGAAGGGUAUGGAGUGCUCGACACAGGAGCGACAGAGACUGUUUCAGGGUUGGCUGCCCUAGAAUGGAUCAUGCGCAAACGGCACCAGUCAGGAUCUGAUGCCGAUGGAUUCAAGGUGGUUGAUGUACCCAACAAGAUGUUCAAGUUCGGCAACGGCAUGACCCAGAAGUCUGAGAGUAUGAUUCUUUUGCCUCAGCGUUUGGGCAACCACCGCCUGUCGCUCGGCAUUUACACCUUGGAAGCUCAAGGUGUCCCUGUUUUGGUUGGCAUUCGCACGCUCACCAAACUCGGUGCGCUCAUUGACUGUGGCAGAUCUGCCAUGGUCCUGACGGCGAUUGAUGCCUCCCUCCUUGUUCCAUUGAGGAAAUCCUCUUCGGGGCAUUUGGUGAUGGACCUCAGCCAUGACUGGUUGAGUGAGGGCACCCGUAUCCUCUUCACGACCGACACUGCACCAACGAAGUCCGAGGAAUACAUGUGCUCGCAGCCUUCUCCGUCGUCGUGUUUCAUGAUCCAUGAGUCAGAACAGUCUUCACAUGCCGCCACUUCGAGUUUGUCGGUUUUGCUUGAUGAUUUUGAGUUGGACAUGUACAAGAGUCUUCACGGGCACGCUGCAGAUGAGUUUUUGAGUGAAUGUUUUUCAGUUCGUUUUUCUUCGACCACCUCCACUUCUUUGAGACCACCCUUGACCACUGGAGCGAAUGACGCUGACCUUGAGGCUCAAGAGACAUCAAUGUCGUGGAAGGCUCUGACCCUUCUGGCCUCCACCGCGGUCAACUUCGCCUUGCUGGGCAGCCAUGUCCCAAGCUGCUGCUUCGAAGGCCAAGAGCCCGCCAGCGGCCUCCACCAAGGAGAAGAAGAAGGCUACGUCCAGCAAGGACGACAGGCCGGUCCCCUGCCGGAGGACACGAAGCACCAGAUCGAGGAACUUGGAGAGAAGGCUCCAUACAACCCCUUGUUGAAGAAUCAGGCAGUGGGCCUGGACGGAGCCGAGCGUUCCUUGCUCACCAAGCUCGAUCACAUCCGGGCUCGCAAAGCAGCGGCAGGGUACUAUGCUCCUCCAACUCCGAGCACCAAUUUGACCUCCAGUCCGGGAACACCUACGGCAACAGAGAGGGCAUCUCCAGCAGAUGCAGAGGAACUCUCACAGGUGCCUGGGAGCAAAUCCCGUCGAGCUGCAGAUCUUCCGGCCGAGCAGGUGGAGUACGAGGAUCGAUCUCACCGAUCGUGGUCGCCCGUGAGUCCUCCCUCCGGGGGAGGAGAAGCCAGGUUUUUGAAGAAUGCCCAGGUUCCACCGAAUGUCAAAGUCCCUCCGAACCAGUUCAAGACUGAGAAUGCCCAUGGCAUGAAGGUGGGAGAAGCAUUUGAUUCCUUCUCAGCAGACGGACUACAACCUGGUGAACUUGAAGGUGAAGAUCGCACCAUGACUCCAUUCCCACGAAAGGAGUUCGCUUUCGUGACGGAAGCUAUGAAUGAGCUGGUUGAAGAAGGCGAUAUGAUCUUCAAAGCUCAUGGCGGAAUCACGUCCCUGGAGCAAUGGGACGUCAUGGAAUUGUGUUGUGACCCCACCAGCUUGUUGACCGCGGAAGUUAUCAGGGAGUUGAGCGAACUUUGGCACUACUUCGCCAACAUCGACCACGUUGGAUUUGGGUCAGCUUUCCUUGUGGCCCUACCUCGGCAGUUCAAGCUCUCAAUGAACGCACCCCUGAAGGAAAAGUCAAGAGUGCCUACCGGAAAAGGCAUGCGAGAAAAGUUCUUCGAGGUGGACUACGAGUUCUACAAGAACACCUCUCCAUGGAUGGCGAGAUCGCCUGGGAAUGGCCGAGAUUCAACAAGGCAUGACAACUUCCUGAAGUGGUUGCAUUUUGGGAGGCUCUUCAUCAAUGUGACCGUGCUCACGAAGUUUAUGACCACAAGAGCACGAGCCUUGGCUGGUUUGGCAAGACUUUGUGAUGGUUCGCAUCACCAUGUCCCUUGCCUUGGACAACGUGCUCGGGCCUCCGCCUACUACACCAAGCAGUUGUGCCACAUUGCGGUCAAAGGCAUGCUGGAACCCUCCGAGCUCAUUGGAGGGAUUGUUGAAGUUGAGCCUGAUCCCCAGGUGUUGGAGAAGCUCACACCUCAGGAACUACAACAUCUCAUGGAGACAGUGCGCAAGCUUCAUCGUCUCUGCGGCCAUCCAAACAACCGUGCCUUGCUGAAGCUCCUACGUGCAAGAGGAGCCAGUGAAGAACUCAAAGCCGCAGCUCUACAGUUGGCUUGCCCUGAAUGUCAAGAAAGCAGAACGGCAACGCCUGCCACCAAGGUGUCUUUAGAGCGAGAGGAUACCAUUUGGAAGACACUUCAAAUGGACGCCUUCUACUUCAAGCAUGCUAAGCAGGUGCAUCACUUCCUCCUCCUGCUCGAUGAGGCUAGCUCCUUUGCCGUGGUGAGAGAGAUCAAGGUUCACCACGAAGAUGAAUCUGAGAACAUCUCAACCCCAGAGGUCAUCACUGCUCUGGAGGAAUCUUGGUGUCAAAUCUUCGGCUACCCGGCACGCAUUAGAUGUGAUGCUGAAGGGGCAUUUCGCGGCACAGCUCUCGCAAUGUGGUGCUCCGAGCGUGGCAUUGAGAUGACUCAUGUUCCUGCUGAACAUCAUGCCGCCACAGGAGCUGUUGAGAAAGCCAUUGGAGAGCUUCGCUGGAAGAUGGAAACCUUUCUCCGGAACGAGCCUAUUGAACCUCGACGUGCUGCAAGUGCGAUGGUCCAAGCUCACAACCAUGUGGUUCGCGUGGGUGGUUUUGCUCCUGCGCAAUGGGCAUUUGGGCGAUCGGAGAGCGUGUCAGUGAAUCCUGCAGUGGCAUGCUCCGAAGGAACACCUGGACACGCUAUGGCUGAAAGUCUGAGGCUCCGAAUUGAAGCAGAACAUCUUCACAACAAGCUCAGUGCUGAUGCUCGCAUUUCGCGAGCGAAGAACAGUCGCUCAAAGCCUGCCCGACAGUUCUUGCCUGGAGAUGUUGUCUACUACCAGCGCCAUAAAGUUCCUCGACGUGCUCCUGCCAACGAGGAUGUAGACAUGCCCCGCAUGCGGAUUGCUCGCUGGUAUGGGCCGGCUAGAGUCUUGGCCUGUGAGACAAGGGUGGACAGUUCCAGCACUUCUCGAAUGCCCUCAAGCGUUAUUUGGUUGGUAAGCUGUGGACGCUUGCUUAAGGCUCACAUCGACCAGAUUCGGCAUGGCAGUGAACGAGAAUUGCUGAUUGCCAACUCCUCUGGCACGAUGGCCAUGCCAUGGACCUUUACGAUGAUGAGCACUUCACUCCAUAAGGGCGCCUUUGAGGACCUCACAACUUCGAAGGCUGAGCGAUUUGAAGCCAAAAGGAGACAAACCUUUCGCCCAUCUCACCAAGAUGGCAAGAGGCUGAAAACUGUAAGAGAAGAGGAAGAACCUGAUGAUCCUGCCAGCUCCUCGUCUGAAGAACUUCUUCCUGACUCGGAGGUGCACAUGGAUCCAACUUUGAAAGAAGGAAUGCACCCCGACGAUUCAGAUGAGCUGGACAUAGAGCGCUUGCUGAACGACCCCUCCUACAUGCCACUUCAUCCUAUCGAACCUCCUGACGCUCCCAUGGAAGAAAGCAGAGCUUCUGCUGAAAAGAGCUUCCAGCAUCAGAGGAAGCGGCAUGAGAUGGAGGACAGACCACACCAUGCCAAGUUCCCGAAGAAGUACCAAGACCCUGACCUGAUUGGCUGGUGCUCCAACAUGGAGAAUGACUUCAUCCUGUCGGUGACCAUUGAUGCACCGGCCAAUGAAGAUGAGUGGAGGCAGAUCUUGAAGGAGCCAAAGAAAUUUACCUCCAAAGCAGUCAAGAAGGGCUGCGAAGUGGGCUCCGAAUCUCAACGGAGCCGAGGAGUGUUUGCGCUCCCUGUGAAGGAGCUUGGUGACAAGAUGAAUUGUGGCCCCAAGGACACCGUCCGCCUUUUGCGAGCUGCCUACGGCCUUGUUUCAGCACCCCGUGAGUGGUAUCGUGAUGUCGACAAGAUUGCGACGACCACUUGUGGCAUGCAUCGACUGGUUUGCGAGCCAUGCCUGUGGGUGUGCAAAGAUGAACAUGGCAAAGUCCAGGGCGCCGUUGCCAGUCAUGUUGACGACUUCAUUGUCACCGGCAACGAAGACAAUGCUUUGUGGCAUGAAACGCUACAGAAGUGGGAACCAGAUCCCUAUCUGCAUUGUGGAGUGGAAAUCCAUCAACAGAGCAACUAUAGUUUCCACCUGGACCACUCCCAGUAUGCCUCCCAGAUCAAGCAGAUUGACUUGGACAAGUCCACCACUGAGGGGACCCUUUUGCCUGGUGCCUUUGAAGGCACACGCGCUACGUGUUUUUGCACUGGCCGCCAUACGCUGGCGGCACUUGCUCGACGACCUUCGAGCGCUACUCGGCGCUUGGACCACGGAAAAGAUCGCUUUGAGAGCGCCUUUGACUUCGACCUGUUUUUGCUUGCUUUGUCGGUGGUGGUCCGCAUCCACCUGUUGUUUGGGCUACCAGUAUCACACUGA